GAAAUUUUAUACAGCCGUUCUAUGAUUCUAUCUCUUCCCAGCCCUCUGUGAAAAUCUACUCUUCAAAGGGCCCAUCAUGAAGCUCGACGCAAAAUCUAUGCGAUACCUCACCGGAGAGGACUUUCGCGUUCUCGCUGCUGUUGAGGCUGGAAGUCGGAAUCACGAGGUCGUCCCUACGCCGUUGAUCGUACAAUUAUCUGGUUUACGCGGUGGCAGUGGGGUUCAUAAAAGCAUUUCGAACUUGGCGAAGAUCAAUCUUAUCGCGAGAGUAAAGAAUGCGAAAUACGAUGGAUACAGAUUGACAUACGGCGGACUGGACUAUUUGGCGCUCAAUACACAUCAAAAGCAAAAGAGCGUAUACUCGGUCGGAAACCAGAUUGGUGUUGGCAAAGAGUCGGAUAUUAUUGUCGUUGCUGCCUCAGACGGCUCACAGCGUAUUCUGAAAAUCCACCGCCUAGGUCGUAUCUCCUUCCGAACGGUCAAGACGAAUCGUGAUUAUCUCCGCAAUCGCAGCACUGGAUCAUGGAUGUAUAUGUCACGACUAGCGGCAGUCAAAGAGUUCACUUUCAUGAGAGCACUUCGGGAGAAUGGAUUUCCGGUGCCAGAGCCAAUUGCGCAAAACAGACACACUAUCGUUAUGAGCUUAAUUGACGCAUUCCCACUGCGACAAAUAUCCACCGUUGGGAAACCAGCGCUGCUUUAUGCCGAGUUGAUAGCUAUGAUUAUGAAACUGGCUCGAUAUGGUUUAAUUCACGGCGACUUUAACGAAUUCAAUAUAUUGAUUAAGGAGGAACCAAGUCCUGACGCGAAGGGCAAAGCCCCUGCGGGUUCCGAGGAGAAUAAUGAUAAUGUUCGGCUGGUUCCGAUUCUCAUCGAUUUUCCCCAGAUGGUUUCCAUUGAUCAUGCCAAUGCAGAGAUGUAUUUUGAUCGGGACGUGAAUUGUAUCAAGAGAUACUUUCAACGACGAUAUCAUUUCACAAGCGACGAGCCCGGUCCUUUCUUUGCUGAAGCGAAAAAGCAACUUAAGGCUAAUCCUGGGAAGAGAUUAGAUGUGGAGGUGGAAGCAUCCGGCUUUUCGAGAAAGAUGGCUCGCGAAUUGGAGAAAUACAUGAAGGAAGUCGGUGUCGAUAGCGAUGCUGGUGAGCGUAACGACUCAGAAGAGGAUCCAGAUGAAAAUGAGGACGAUAAUGAUUAUGAUUCCUCAGAUGUCGAGGAAGAGCAAAAAGAAGACUUACAAGAAUCUGGAUUGGAGUCGGACACCCAAAAGAUGAAGGAGCUGAAGGUGUCUGAUUCGGGGUAGAUUUAUAUUGCUAUAUUAGCUGCUGAAUGGAAAAAGAAUCAAGACAAGU